CCCUGACAUUGUUGUCAAUUUUCAGGCGUUUUAGAUAGACGUCGAUUCGAGGCAGGAUGAGUUGGUCUACUUUCCAGAUAGUUAUUGUGGUGGGAAUGGUGGCGACAGGAACUUUAAAUACUAUCUCGGCAGGGUUCCAGCAAAGAGCAGAAGGGGUUGGGAAGGAUUUUCCGUUAAACUUCAACAAAGAUUCCUAUGCAUGGAUGAACGGAACUAAAAAAACAUUUGAUCACCCCUACCUCCAG